CACGAAAAGCAGUACCUAAGGAAAUUUCUCACGCGUUUUCCUACCUUUUACUAACCCUACAUCCAGCUUAAGUAAGUGAAAAAUUGUGACUCUUACAGUGAUUUAAAAUAAUCAUAGUGAAACACCUUCAAAAAUAGUGAUAAAAAGUUCAUAUUAGAUGACAAAAGGCACAAACUCCUGCGCAUGAAGACAUCUCCGCUACCACGGCGGCCAUCUUUGUGCCCGGUUCAACUGUUUUCCCCCUCUCUCUCUUAAUUGUGCUUUCGACGCUGUACAGAGCGUAUGUUUGACCUUUUGUAACGCGCGCGCUGGUCAUAUUUUUGAGAGUUUUUUGACUUUUCACGCGGAUUUUUGACUGAAAAAAACGAUUUUUGACUGUUUUUCGAUUAAUACUUUAGUAAUGAUAUACUAUAGGUGACUAUCGUCGCGAAAAACCUAGUGUAAAUACGACAUUUGUCUAGUUAAACGGCCGUAGUCUUGGACAAAAGUAUAUAUAGUGGAUUAUUUUUUUUAUAUAAAAGGACCUUAAAGUGCCGUGUGCCCCAUGAGGGCGAAAACUUUUGCAAAAUGUGGAUUAGUAACGUCAAGAAGAAGGAUGAUCAACUUUGGAUUAUAACCGUUGGAAUAUUCUUGACGAUAUUCGGAUUUUUGGUCCAGUCCACUACAGCAGGUUUUGUUUCUUGCUCUCCCAGUCCUUGCAAGAAUGGGGGAACAUGCAUAUCAUCGCCAUUAAAAGGAGAAAGUUUUUGCAAUUGUACCUCUAAAUAUGUCGGAGACUACUGCCAGUUCCUAAACCCCUGCCAUACAGGCAAGGGUCCCGGUCCCCGCUGUCAAAAUGGAGGAACGUGUCAAGUCCGUAUUGGGUCCGGUGGAGUUCCGGGGUUUGAAUGUCUCUGUCCCUUGGGGUUUAGUGCGUCCCUAUGCGAAAUUCACGUGGCCAACAGCUGUGAUAAAAAACCUUGUUUAAAUGGAGGAACUUGUUCGUUGAGAUCCUUGGAGAGUUACCAAUGCUCGUGUGCGCCAGGUUAUGCUGGUGAACACUGUGAAAAGCAAGACCAUUGCGCAUCGCAACCGUGUCGAAACGGUGCCGAAUGUGUGAGUGUGGGCGACUCGUAUCAAUGCACAUGCGCGCCGGGGUUUACCGGUGCAAGUUGCAAGGAAGACAAAGACGAGUGCAAACAUAAGCCUUGUAAGCAUGGAAAGUGCCAUAACACCCACGGGAGCUACACAUGUACCUGCAGUGAAGGAUAUACCGGGCAGAAUUGUGAAAACGAAUACAUACCAUGUGAUCCAAGCCCUUGCGAUAAUGGCGGCCUUUGUCGGCCAGGUGAUAAGCAUAGUUAUACUUGCGAAUGUCCUUCUGGUUUUCGAGGCCCCAACUGUGAGGAAAACGUUGAUGACUGUCCCGGCCACCAGUGUCAAAAUGGCGCCACGUGCAUCGAUGGAAUUGACAGCUAUACCUGUCAAUGUCCGUCAACGUAUACUGGCAGAUAUUGUGAACAGGAUGUCGACGAAUGCGCACUUAGACCGUCAGUCUGUCAAAACGGUGCCACUUGUACCAAUAGCAUCGGAGGAUAUUCGUGCAUUUGCGUCAAUGGUUGGACUGGCCCCGAUUGCAGCGUGAACAUCGACGACUGCGCAGGCGCCGCUUGUUUUAAUGGAGCCACUUGCAUCGAUAGAGUCGGAAGCUUCUAUUGCAGAUGUACUCCUGGAAAAACUGGUCUUCUUUGCCAUUUGGACGACGCUUGUACAAGUAACCCUUGCCAUGCCGACGCUAUCUGUGAUACUAGCCCAAUUAAUGGAUCCUACACUUGCAGUUGCGCUUCCGGGUAUAAGGGAAUCGACUGUUCCGAAGAUAUUGAUGAAUGUGAACAAGGAUCUCCUUGUGAACACGACGGUAUCUGCGUUAAUACACCUGGAUCGUUUGCUUGCAACUGCACUCAAGGAUUUACGGGCCCAAGAUGUGAAACCAACGUGAAUGAAUGCGAAUCACAUCCUUGUCAAAACGAUGGUUCUUGUCUAGAUGAUCCGGGAACUUUUCGAUGCGUUUGUAUGCCUGGUUUUACUGGCACCCAAUGCGAAAUUGAUAUAGACGAAUGCAAAGACAAGCCAUGUAUCAACGGAGGUAUCUGCCAAGAUCUCAUCAACUCCUUCAAAUGCACCUGUGCAGCCGGCUUUACUGGCUCCAGAUGCCAAGUCAACAUAGAUGACUGCGUUAGCCAGCCUUGCAUGAACGGUGGAACAUGCCAUGAUUCCAUUGCAAGAUAUACAUGCGAAUGCCCGCCAGGGUAUACGGGAAAUUCAUGCGAAACAAACAUCAAUGACUGUCAAUCAUCUCCCUGUCAUCACGGCGAAUGUAUUGAUGGGGAUAAUUCGUUUUCUUGCCAGUGUCAUCCGGGUUACGUAGGGAGAUUAUGUCAGUUUCAGCUAAAUGAAUGUGAUUCCAAUCCUUGUCAGUAUGGUGGAAUAUGUCAAGAUUUAGUGAACGGGUACCAGUGUCUUUGUAAGCCUGGUACUUCCGGCCACAACUGUGAACUGAACAUCAAUGAAUGCUAUAGUAAUCCUUGUAGGAACGGAGCUACAUGCAUUGAUGGCAUUAAUAGUUACACAUGUGAAUGUCGUCCCGGCUACACAGGACGCCACUGCGAAAACGACAUAGACGAAUGCGCUUCGAACCCGUGCGCAAACGGCGGUGUAUGCAUUGACUUAGUAAAUGGCUUUAGAUGCGAGUGUCCAAGGGGUUACUUCGACGCCAGAUGCCUUAGUGACGUAGAUGAAUGCAAAAGUAACCCCUGCAAACACGGUGGUAGCUGUGAAGAUGGUGUCAAUCAGUUUAUUUGCCACUGUUUGCCCGGAUAUGGUGGAAAGCAAUGCGAAGUUAACAUAGACGAAUGUGCUUCUAAUCCUUGUCAACACGGAGGAAUAUGUCAUGACCAUUUGGCUUCUUAUACAUGCGAGUGUUUGGCUGGCUACACUGGGGUCAAUUGCGAAACAAACAUAGACGAUUGUGCCAUUAACCCUUGCAAAAAUAGUGGCACUUGUAUUGACUUGGUUGAUGAUUAUAAAUGUGUUUGUGAACUGCCAUACACAUCUAGGCAAUGCGAGGAAAGGCUUGAUCCAUGCUCUCCUAAUAAGUGUCGCCACAAUGCCAAAUGUACCCCAAGCACGAACUUCUUGGACUUCGCAUGUACUUGUAGCGUUGGAUACACAGGGCGCUAUUGCGAGCAAGACAUUGACGAAUGUGUAGUUUCGAAACCGUGUAGGAAUGGCGCGACUUGCAGAAACGUCAAUGGCUCGUACCAGUGUCUCUGUGCAAGAGGUUAUGAGGGAAAAGACUGCCUGAUCAAUACCGACGAUUGCGCUUCAUAUCCUUGUCAAAACGGCGGUAACUGCCUUGAUGAAAUAGGGGAUUUUACUUGCCUGUGUGUAAACGGUUUUGAAGGCAGACAAUGCGAAAUCGACGUGGACGAAUGCUUAUCGAACCCCUGCAAGAAUGGCGCCACUUGUAAUCAAUAUGUCAACUCGUACACUUGCACUUGCCCCCUGGGAUUCUCCGGAAUCAAUUGCGAAACCAACGACGAAGACUGCACGGAGAGCAGCUGUAUGUACGGCGGUACCUGCAUUGACGGUAUCAACUCUUACACUUGCAGUUGCAAACCCGGUUACACGGGAACAAACUGCCAAAACCGUAUUAACCUCUGCGACAGUUCACCAUGUCGAAACGGUGCUACUUGUCAGGAUCAUACCACUCACUACACUUGUCAUUGCCCCUAUGGUUACACUGGUAAAGAUUGCAGCGAGUAUGUUGAGUGGUGUAACACGGAACCGUGCGAAAAUCACGCGACCUGUAGGCAAAUUAAGAACCAGUACUCGUGUGCAUGCGGUCCAGGAUGGACUGGGAAAGUUUGCGAUGUGGAAAUGGUCAGUUGUCAAGAUGCCGCGGCUAGGAAGGGAAUACCUUCGCAGCGGCUAUGUAAUAACGGGACAUGCGAGACUAUUGGCAACUCUCAUCGAUGCCAUUGUAAGGAGGGCUACACUGGAUCUUACUGCCAGGUAGAUAUUAAUGAAUGCGAGUCAGCUCCGUGCCAAAAUGGUGGUACUUGCAGAGAUCAUGUUGGGUUUUAUUCUUGUAACUGUCCUAAAGGUUUCCAAGGACAAAACUGCGAACUUAACGUAGAUGAUUGCUACCCAAACCCUUGCCAAAAUGGUGGUACAUGUCAUGACCUGAUCAACGGAUUCCAAUGUUCUUGCCCUCCAGGCACCCUUGGUUUACUCUGUGAAAUUAAUCAGGACGACUGUAAGUCCGAUUCAUGCCAUAACAACGGUACUUGUAUCGACAGAGUAGGAGGAUUUGAUUGCAAAUGUCCACCAGGAUUCGUUGGUCCAAGAUGCGAAGGUGACAUAAACGAAUGUUUAUCCAAUCCUUGUUCGAAUCCUGGAACUUUAGCUUGCGUUCAACUGGUCAACGAUUAUCAAUGUAAUUGCAAACCUGGAUAUGUCGGAAGACAUUGCCAAAAGAAGGUAAACUAUUGUGCCACCUCGCCAUGUCAAAAUGGAGGUGUCUGUACGAUCGUGCAACACGGCCAUAAAUGUACUUGUCAAGAAGGCUAUCAUGGUAAAAAUUGUGAAUUUAGCGGAUAUGAUUGUGAUUCCAAUCCUUGCCAGAACGGAGGAAUAUGCCAAGUAUCAGAUAUAGAAGGAUAUAUAUGUGACUGCCCAGUUGGUACAACGGGAGUAAACUGCGAAAUAGACUCUUUGAACGAAUGUAAUAGCAAUCCCUGUCAACACCCCGAUGCAACAUGUGAAAACAAGUUUGGCGACUACGCUUGCUACUGUCCACCCAAACAUACUGGUAAAAAUUGCGAAAGGUAUGACAAAAACUUCCCAGGCGGCCUAGGGCGGCCCAGCAAAAACGAUGAUGAAAUUAAAAGAUUUUUUGAAGAGGACUUGCAAAGGCAAAGACAGCAAUGCAUUGUUAACAACUGUCCACUGAAAAAGGGUAAUGGACGAUGUGAUGAGGAUUGCAACACUUAUGCCUGUGAUUUUGAUGGCAACGACUGCUCUUUAGGUAUGGGUCCUUGGACGAACUGCACUGCACCAAAGAAAUGUUGGGAACAUUUCGGAGACGGAAUUUGCGAUGAAGAGUGUAACACACUAGCUUGCCUUUUCGACGGAUUAGACUGUCAAAAGAAGUUGCAACCCUGUAACCCGAUAUACGAUGCCUACUGUCAAAAACACUACGCCAAUGGUCACUGCGAUUACGGGUGCAACAAUGCUGAAUGUAACUGGGAUGGUUUAGAUUGCAAUGAUGAACCUCCAGCUCUUGCUGAGGGAGUCGUUAGCGUCAUUGUGUUAAUGGACAAACAAGCGUUUAAAAAUAAUUUAGUGGCUUUUCUCCGAGAUACUUCACAUCAGCUAAGGACCACAGUAAAAGUGAAAAAAGACGAGUUGGGUAAAGACAUGAUCUACACGUGGUCUGGUAAAACUCAGUCGAUGGGCUCUGGACUGGACGACAACUACUAUAAAACAAAACACCAUGUAGCUUUUACAGAAAGUGCCCAAUCGGGUGUAAAAGUGUAUUUGGAAAUAGACAACAGGAAGUGCUCAGACUACUCAGAUGGUGAUCAAUAUUGCUUCCAAACUGCUAGUGCAGCUGCCGAAUUCUUAGCGGCAAAAGCUUCGAAACACUCACUUUCACAAAGUUUUCCCAUUUACCAGAUCAACGGUUCAGAUGAUAAUGAUAGCAUAUUACAGCCGACAAAUGGCAAGUACGUUGUAUUGGGGAUCCUUUUGGUUAUCGGUAUGGCGGGAGUUAUUUUUGUGGUCGUCCAGACUCAAAGAAAACGCGCAGCAGGUAUAACAUGGUUCCCAGAAGGAUUUUUACCAACCAAUUCUGGAGGCAGACGGCAAAGGCGCCGUCCUGAAGGCCAGGAACUAAGAACUAUGGCAAAGAACACACAAGGAAUUGAUAUGAAUUCACAGCACGGCCCUGGUUCACAAUAUGAUGACGAUUUAUAUGCAGAAUAUCCACCAGCUAAGAGAGGACGUGUGGAAGCCGGAUACGCCAGUGACCAUACAACCAUAACAGAAUAUGAAGAAGCUGAACCUAGAUGGACACAAACUCAUUUGGAAGCCGCUGAUAUUCGCCCUAGUACCAUGCUCACACCCCCACAGGGAGAAAGUAAUCUUGAUAUUAAUGCUAGAGGACCAUGUGGCAUGACUCCAAUUAUGGUUGCUUCUGUUAGAGGUGGAGGCAUGGAUACUGGUGAGGAUGAUGAAGAUGACGGUUCGGGAGCUGUAAUUCAAGACCUUGUUGCCCACGGCGCAGACCUUCAUGCCACCAUGGAUAAAACUGGUGAGACAUCACUUCAUUUGGCGGCUAGAUAUGCACGAGCAGAUGCGGCCAAAAGACUGUUAGAUGCAGGAGCCGACGCAAAUGCACAAGAUAAUACCGGGCGAACACCCCUGCAUGCCGCAGUAGCGGCGGACGCAUUGGGAGUCUUCCAAAUUUUACUUAGAAACCGAGCUACGAAUCUAAAUGCCAGAAUGCACGAAGGAACAACACCACUAAUUUUGGCCGCUAGAUUGGCAAUUGAGGGAAUGGUGCAAGAUUUAAUUAGUGCCGAGGCUGAUAUCAAUGCGGCCGACAAUUCUGGCAAAACGGCUCUUCAUUGGGCCGCUGCUGUUAAUAACGUUGAAGCAGUGAAUAUUUUAUUAGCUCAUGGGGCCAACAGAGACGCACAAGAUGACAAGGACGAAACUCCCCUCUUUUUAGCUGCUCGAGAAGGUUCUUACCAGACUUGUAAAGCGUUACUAGAAGCAUACGCAAAUAGAGAUAUCACUGAUCAUAUGGAGAGGCUACCAAGAGAUAUCGCUUGUGAGAGGUUACAUCAUGAUAUCGUGAGACUCCUAGACGAACAUGUGCCCAGAAGUCCUCAGAUGGUCAACGUUGUGACUAGUAAUCAAAUGCUGACAUCACCAACAGGCCACCAACUUCAGCAACCUACAGUAAUAAUGCCAAAGAGGCAAAAAUCCAAGAGGCCCGCUAAGAAUACUGGCCCCACAAGUCCACAAGAAGGCGCUGAAGCCUGCAACCCAAAUGGCGGCAGCAUCAGGCGGAAAGCCAGCGUCAAGAGAUCAAAUAUAAAUAACAAUAACAACAAAAAGGCAGCUCAGACACAAAUAAACGAAGUGCAGCCGCAAAGCGCCGAUUCUAUGGCGUCGUCUUUAAGUCCGGUUGAAUCUCCCAUGACAAAUUUACCCAGUCCCUAUGACAACACGCUUUAUUCCAACAUGGGAAUUAGUGCAGUGACUGCUCAAGGACUUGAAUCCUUGAUGGCAAAUAAGCAGCCUCCAAGCUACGAAGAUGUCGUAAAAAGCUCACUUCAGUUUGGAAUAGAUAACUACGGAGGUUAUAAUAUAUUCUCACAAGAUGCAUUGAUGCAACAGAGGCAGUUGCAAAACACUUUAAGUCCACCUUAUUCAAAUCAGAGUCCGCCCCAUUCCGUGCAGAGUAAUAUGUCGUUGUCACCGCAAGGAUACAACGGAUCUCCCUCCCCAGCAAAGACGCGCCCGUCUUUACCCACCAGUCCGACUCAUAUAGCGGCGAUGCGAGCAGCUACCCAGCAAAAGCACGGGGGUGUUCCGCAAACGCAAACGUUAGCUAUGGGUUUCGACUUUAGUCAGGCCGGUCUAGAAAUGCCGCUGAGUUGGAAUAUUGGGAAUGCCACACAGAAUUUAGGGCAGAAUCAGACCCAAGUACAGUCACAGACUCAACAGAGUUAUUCACAACCAAACUACUACAUGACCCCGCCGUCUCAACACAGCGACCACAUGCUACCGGACAACUUUCCUACCCCCUCUCCCGAAAGUCCCGGUCACUGGUCGUCAAGCUCACCACGGUCCUGUAACUCGGAUUGGUCGGAAAACGUAGCGAGUCCGAACACCGGCACGUAUAUGGCGCCAUCAACGAUCGGCGGACACCAAACGAACAAGGGAUCGGACGCCAUCUACAUUUAAUUUUCUUGUUGAACUUACGAAAAUAGUUGUUAUUUGGUGGAGAGCGAUUUUAUAAUUGAAGAAAAUUAUAUAUAGUGUUUAAAAAAAUAUAUAUUAAAAUGU